AUGUCCGAAGAACAAAAGACUCCCGUUGUCAACGCCGAGGCAGACAAGGAUGUUCAGAAUGUCCUUGCUGAGCUGAAGGAGGGUGGUGCUGCUGAGCAGAGCGCCGAAGACGCCGAGGAGGCUCGCAUUGUCGCCGCAGCUGCUAAGAUCGGAGAGCAGUCUGUACAGGCUGAGGGAACUUCCACUGAUGCCCAGACUGAGAAGCGCGAAACCCGCAGCUUCCAGCGCGAUGGCCGUCCUCGCCCCAAUAACGCUAAGUUCGACCCCUCCAAGCAGGAGGUCACCGAUGAUCCUGCUGAGAUCCGCAAGCAGGUCGAAUUCUACUUCUCCGACUCUAACCUCCCCAUGGACAAGUUCCUCCUCUCCAAGGUUGGCGGCAGCGCCAACAACGCCGUUCCCCUCGAGCUCCUUCACUCCUUCAAGCGUAUGCGCCGCUUCCAACCCUUCAGCGCUAUUGUCGAGGCUCUCAAGACCGCCGAGAACGUCGAGUUGGCUGAUAACGACACCGCCGUCAAGCGCAAGGUUCCCCUGCCCGAGUCCGUGAACGACCAUGACUCCAAGACCAUCAAGGUCUUCGAGGAUGCCUCCAUGGCCCGCUCUGUCUACGUCAAGGGCUUCGGCUUCGGCCAGGAAGAGGCCACCACUCAGCUCGAUAUUGAGGCCCUUUUCGCUCCCUACGGCCCUAUCAACGCUAUCCGUCUGCGUCGCACCAUCGAUAAGACCUUCAAGGGCAGCAUCUUCGUCGAGUUUGCCACCGAGGAGAAGCAGAAGGAAUUCCUUGCUCUGGAGAAGAAGCCCCAGUGGAAGGACCAGGAUCUGACCUACAAGAGCAAGAAGGAGUACUGCGACGAGAAGGUCGAGGGGAUCAAGGACGGCAAAGUCUUCCCCUCCAACGGUCGCAACAGCACCCGCAACGGCCGCGGAGGCCGUGGUGGACGUGGCGGUCGCGGUGGUCGUGGUCGCGGUGGUGGCCGUGGCCGCGGUGGCCGUGACGGUGGCGACCGCAAGGAGGGAAACUGGCGCGAGCGUCGCACCGAGGAUCAACAGGCCCCCCGUGAAGCUCAGAAGGAUGCCCGCGGUGUCCCCGUCGUGCAGAGCACCCAGAAGCGAUCCCGCGAUGAUGAGGGUGCCAGCGGCGACCACCCCUCCAAGAAGGUGGAUGUCAAGGAGUAA